AUAUGUUGAAAGCCAAUAAUAAGAAAAUAGAUGUCAAUAAUUUAAACUUUGAUCGCUUAUAUACCCUUGAAGAAUUUGAAUUCAUAAAUGACCAGCUCAAGACACGCACUCUAGAAAUUGACAGACAACCAGUUAACCUUUUUAAUCUUGAUAAGAAUGGCAAGCUUAUUCCUAUACUGCAAUCACACUAUUCCAGAGAGAUAGUUGUUGCUGAGAUUGUUAGACAGCUUGGAGAGUGGAAUAUUUGGACAAAGCAAAAUAGGGCGUUACCUUAUUACAGGGAGGAUUUGAUUUUGAUGUUGGGUGUG